AUGAAUACUCCAGAAUUGCCUUAUGAAUUCUUUUCAGAAGAAUAAAAGCAUUAUUUAGAUAUGCUUGUCAAAUUUUCUGGUAGAACAUAACGAACUCGUCUAGUUUCAAGUUAAGCCAUACCUAGUAAAAAAUAUGUAAUAAAUGAUAAUGAUUAAGUAAUUCCUUAAAAAUAAUUUUAUUUUGAUGACUGCAGAUGAAUAAUAUGAUUUUAAUAAAGCAGAUAAAGUACUUUCGGAAUAAACUACAAUUGGUGGUUUAAUUGGGUUUGGUAUAUCUGCCGUUUCGAUGCUUUACUUUGUUAAUUCUAGACCAUUACAUAAAAAACUUUAUGGAGAAAUGUUCACAAGUGGAAUUUUAGGGUUGGUGUUUGGAUUAUCAUACUAUCAAUAUCAUAAUUAUCAAUACAGAGAAAAAAUUCAUUAGAUGUAUGUGAAAUUGUUAGCCACAAAAAAAUUAGGGAGAAUUUGA